AACCACAAGUAGCCCACGAUCUGCCUCACCUCUAAGGCUUUGCGGUAGAGCAGCCAGUCCUGUCCCACGGCUCCCCGUUCGUGGCUCAGCCAGUAGGGGACUUGGGGCCGGCUCUCCCCUCCUCCCACGCCCAAUGCGCCGAUCACUUCCGCCUUCACGCUCUCUUAGUCUCGACACAGGCUUAGAUUCUAACACCGUAGCUGCACGUGAUUCAGAGACCGCAACUGAUGUCGUAUCAUCCUGUGAACAAUACUUGCAACAGCAACAGCAACCAGGACAGCAGGAAGCACAACAGCAGCAGCAGCAAAGUGGGGAGCUGCGACCUCCAAGGCGG